AUGAAUCAAGAGGCCGACACCUUCCUCUAUCCGCUUCUCCAAAUGGGCCCCUUCAGCAUCCAUCAAGAAUAUGAUUUUCUGAAGAGAUUGUUGAGACGAAGGUUGAAGCGCCCAUUUUUACCAAUUUCUGGGCGGAAUUCGAAGCGUCAGAUCGAUCUCCGAGAAUAUAAGCGGCCCGGCUGGACGUUCCACGCGAAAGGACUAUGGAUGCGCGAUGAGGGUGUGGCGGCUACAUUGAUUGGGUCCAGCAAUUAUGGCUAUCGUUCCGUUCACCGCGAUCUGGAAGCCCAAGUACUCUUGGUCACUAAGAACGAGAAGCUGAAAUCGAGUCGCUCCGUAUCCUCGAUUUCUCUGACGAAACUCUCGUCGGCCGGACUGAUCUACGCCCACUAUGGCCGAGCGAUUAUUGCUGAGGUGCUAAAGAUCGAGCAGGAUGACCCGCGGGUGAACAUCUUUUAUCGCCGACUCUAUGAGACGUUCGUCGAGCAGAUUGACGCCGUCGAUAACGGAAUUCAGCACGGACCGCUACCAAAGAAGUGGCGAGGCUUGAGGGACGAGGAGCUGUCGAGUGUUGUCGGUGUUGAAGGCUGCGUAUUCGCGCACAUGACGGGCUUCAUCGGCGGGCACAAGACCCGCGAGGGUGCCAUCGAGAUGGCCCGACGGGCCCUCCCCAUUGUCGACAAGGAGAUGGAGGAGGAGGUAGCGGAAAAGAAGGCCAAGCUCGGCAGUGGGGACGACGCC